UCGGGAUGGCAAGUUCAACUGUUGGGUUUGUGCGUUGACGUACUGGAUUGGUUCCGCGACCAUGGAGAACGCGAUCUCCCGGCUAUUGCACUCCUCGCUAGAAUUUAUUUAGGCAAGCCGAUGUCCACAGCAGCCCAAGAAAGGUUUUUUAGCCUGUCAGGCUACGUCGUCAAUGAUCUACGUACAUCUCUUGACGACAAACGCGCCGAGAUACUGUGCCUAAUGAAGGCAAACUGGGCGGAUUACAAGAACCUGCUUCAACGCCAGCAACUCCACUAG